AUGAGGUAUAUUAGACAAGGCAGCAAUAGUGCUCUCUAGAGUAUUCCUAAUCUAAAGGGGCCCAAAAGAAUAAUGCUCAAUCAACAGUAGGAAACAUUAACUGGCAGGAAUUCUCAAAUGUAGUCCAAUCAAUAUUAGGAUGAGUCUAUGAAUCUAAACUAUGAUAUAUUGCAGUUUAAAGGCAUCAAAAUUACCAAAAAGAAAAAUAUAAAACAUUAGGAAGAACUUAAAAAGCUUAGAGAUGGUGAACUAUAUAAUGUCCAGCAUAUGGCGAAAGAAUAGUCAGAAAUGAAGAAUAUGGAGAACAGAUAAAGGAUUCUGAAUAGAAUUAUGGAAUAAGCGAGAUAGCAAGGCAAGAAUUCAACUUCUUCAAUGAGUAGCCUCUCCAAUAACUUAGACAAUUAAUCGCAGUCUGCCAAGAAACUCAUAGAUAUAAACCUAUUUCAAACCCAGUAGCUAGAGAAUUAGCUGCGAAAGUCAGACAUUUAGGCAUUGAGGAAGACUAGAUAUCCGUUAAGCCAGCAUAAAAGCGACAUUAAUCAGAAUUCGGGUUCUGGCCAGGUCCAGAAUUAAUCAGAUAUUUACCUAAAAUACUACUCUUAGUUAAAAGAGAUACAAGUUAAAAAAUCAAUAUACAAUCUCAAGGAUAAGUAGAAAAAUUAAAAGAUCUCAAAUCAAGAUUAUCUGCCUGAAAUUCAAUAAGGAUCACCAGGAAAUACAGUUCUAAAAAAGAAUCUAUAGUUUUAAAAUCAGAUCAUUAACAACUUGUCAAAUGUUAAUAAGCUGACUUUUACUGACAGGUAAAUCAGUCCAAUCGGUGUAAAGGAUAAAUUAAGGUCACUAAGGCUUGAUAGCAGGGCUAAUACGAAACUCAAACCCCUAUUUUUGCCUUUCAAGCCAGAGUUGCCAGAGCAAAAGGGAAUGAAGCAACAUCUAAUUAAUAAACUUAGCAGAAUACAAAGAGAGAAUUAGUGGAUUUCUCAAAACCUUCACUCGGUUAAAUAGCACAUUGGCAGCAACAAAAAUAUACCAAAGAGUAAUCUUAGAAAUAAGUCCAGUGGCAAAAAUACUCAAGUCAAUACUUCAUUAAACCUGAACAGCAGGGUGAGUUAGGUAUUACGAGAUAAAUCAAAUAACACCAAGACCUCCCAGAUAUAUACUCAGAAUUAAGAUAUAAUCUCUACCUUGGGAAGUAAAUAUGAAAGAGAUUAGUUAAAGCAUAAAGAUUCAAAGCCUAAAUCAACAUCUAAUAAGAGUAAGAAGUCUAAGAACCAGUCAUCAAUGAAUUCAUCAAAGAUAUACUCAUCUUAAGGGACUCUAGAGCAAAUAGUAAGCAGUUCAAAUUUGCAUUCCAACAACAACAAUAGUUAUUAAUCUCUCUCAAACCUUGGAGACAUUACAGCUAAUUUCAAUUCAUUGUAAAACUCUGGCAGAUUAAACCAUAAUCCUCAUCAAGUAUUUCUCAUGCCAGAUGCUUAGGGAUUUAGAUCAAGUUCUCAAGAUAACAUCAUCAAUAUAUAAACUCCUAAGAAUGUCAUCAAUUAGUUCAACCCAUCCAGCUAAUAGAGUGUUAAGCUAUCAAAUCCUUUAUAGAAGUAUCCUUAAAACUACACUAAUAUUUAGCUCUGUUAAUAAAGCACUGAGAGAAGCAAUUAAAGCUUAGGAACAGAUUACUCUAAGGAGACUCCAGUUACAGCUACAUAGAUUAAUCAAAGUUAAUCAUCAUAAUGUGGCUCUAUUCACGUUUUAAGAAACUAGUAUCAAAGGCCUUAAAACUUCUCAAUGAGUCAAAGAAAUUCAUACUCGCCAGUGAAUUAAGAUAGUGCAAGUAAUAAAACAUCUUCUAGAGUUACCGAAGUAAUAUCGCCAGCUUAAUUCAUGGAGGCAAAUCCAUUAUCUUUCUAAAAUACUUAGGCGUCUCCCAUUAAAUUAAUAAAUCAUGGUGCUAUAAUGUUCUAGAAACUGGAGCUGUUCUGGAAAGAAAGAUUGCUUAAGUUAAAUCAAAGUAUCUAAUAGAUAAAAGAAGGAGCAUUUAGCAAAGAUGAUAUCAUCAAGACUAUGCUUGAAAACACAGAAACAGCAAAUUAUGCUGAUUAGAGAAUCAAUGAACUAAUAAAAGAAGGAGUUAAUAUUGAACAAGAGCUUCAGAUUGAGUAGUUAUCUAAGCAAUUAAUCAUUUAGCAGUCAGAGGCAUUACAGUCUCAAGUAUAACUUUAGCACUUGAUUAAUGAGUAUUAAAAACUAUCUUAAAAUAGUCAUAGCUUUCAGAAUGACAUGGAAAUUAUUAUUGCUGAGUUAAAAAAGAAGAAGUAGAAAUAUAAGGGUAAAAUUGGUCAAAUGGAAGAAGUCAAAACUGAACUCAAGUAGGUAAAGGAUGAGAGAGACAAUCUCUUGGAGAAGCUUAAAAUUAUGCAAAAUCAAACAUCUGAAAAACAAAUUUACUUUGAUUAGAGAAUUGAAGAGAUUAGUAAAGCAAUAAAAGAUCUAGAGACUUAAAAGGAAUAACUACUGAGUACCAUAAGUCAAAUGAAAGAGGAAAGAGUGAUUAAUGAAAAGAAAUUAGGUCAGAAUUAAUAGGAUUUGCAUUAGCAUUAUUAAGAACAAAUGAAAACAUAAAAGUAGUAAGUUAAGACUAAAUACCUUAGUAAAUUAAAUGAAGUAGAAACAUAACUAUAAAAUGAGUUUAAAUCUAAACUCAAAGAAAUCUAAUCUAGCUCUGAAACCAAGACUUAGUCUUAGUCAAAGCUAGACAAGUAGACAAUUGAUUUCCUUUAGUAAGAAAUUGCAAGGCUGAAUGCUUAACUAUAAGAGACUGUUUCUGUGAAAGAGCAUGAAACUAUAUUAAAUCAUAGAUUGAACUAAGCAGGACUCGAGCAUGAAAAUGAAAUAGAGACAAUAAAAUAAGUCUUUGAGUAAGAACUACGAAAAGCUGAAAAAUAAGUAAGAUAAACGCAUAAAAAAGAAGAGGAAAAGCUCAAACUCAGUGCAUUAUAGUUUGAAAAGUCCAUGGAAUAUGAAAAGUCUGAGAGACUUAAGCUUCAGUCAAAGUAUCAUGAAGAAAUGACAAUGAAAGAUACAUAAAUUCAAAAAAUAAAAGAUAAAAUCUCGACUAGGGAAAAAGAAUUAUUACAAUAGAUUGAGGAAGAAAAAAAUAAAUUGAAGCAGCUUUAAUAAUAGUUGAAGUAGAUAGAAUACUGCAAAAAAGAGGAAAUUGAUUAGUAAAAACUAGAAUUGACAAAGAUCCAAGUAAACUAAAACUUAACCAUCAAGGAAUUGUAAGCCAAAGUUGAUCAGCUCAAUAAAGCAAUGGAUAGUCUGUAAAUUACAAAUGUACAGUAGAUUGAUUAGAAGUAAAUGAUCAUCAAAGAAAGGGAUAUGCAACUUAAGCAUUUGCAAGAUUAGUAUCACCUAAUUGAUCAUGAAAAUAUUAGCCUAAAGAAAAAGAUUAAGGAACUUGAAUAAAAUACUUUUAGUCAUUAAAGUGAAAGCUAAAUAUAGAAAGAUAAGUACCAAUCACUAUUGAUCAGAUUAAAGGAAAUUUAGAAUUAAAAUGUCUGGAAACUAGAAAGAGAACAGGAAAGAAUUAAAAGACUUAACUAAGAUUUUAAGCUGAUGAAGAAACUGUUGAAAUAAGACUUUGACUAUAAUAUUAGAGAGAUAUAGUAAAAUACUAAUCAGACCACUUAGACAAUGCUUAAAAUGAUAUCGAAACUAACUUCAUAACUUUAGAUAGCACUUAGAAACAUCCCUAAUGAAGAGUUUCUACAACUUAAAAACUCCUUUGAAAUAUUAAAUAAAGAGAAAACAGCAAUAUCAGAUUAGCUUAAGUUGAAUAUAAGAGAAUUAGAUGAACUUAAGACUAAGUUACUGCAAGAAUAACAUCAAUAUCAACUAAGCCAGUAGUUAUAAGAAAAACUUCACAAUGAAAACUUGCUUUAAGUAUCUAAAUAAAUCGAUGAGAACCUCAAAGAGAUUGAUAAACUUGCUCAAACUAAUUCAUAACUAUAGGAUGAUGUCAAUUAAUCAAGGUCAGAGAAUGCUAUCUUGCUUUAGAAAAUGGGUGAAUUAGAUACAAUUUUUCAAGAACUUGAUUUCAAGCUUAAAAAUUCAGAAAAUGAGAGAGAUAUUUUUAAAUAGCAGCUCUAGUUUGAGGAAAAAUCAAAGCAUGAAGAAAGUAUUCAGCUGAGACAGUAAUUUUAGUUAAAGUAGGAUGAGUUAAUAGCAGAUUUUAAAGAUUAAUGCAUGAAGUUAAGAGGAGAGAUUGAGGAUAGUUACAAUAAUAAACUUAAGAAUAAGAUAAACUGUCUAAAAAAUAAGCAGCAAGAAGAGAUAAAUGAAAUUAACAAGUAAGUAGAGAAAAGGGAAGCUGAGAUAAUAGAUAAGUUCUAGGAGUAGGUUGGACAGUAUGAACAAUAGAUUGAAUAAGCAAGUCAAGAGUAUUUAAAGUUAAAAAAAGACUAUAAAAAAAUAUUGCAUAAGUACAAGUAAACAAAGCUGAAAGACCAGGAAAACAUUUCUAAAAUUGAAGAAGAAGUGUUUAAGUCACUAGCCAAGGUAAAUACCACAGUUGGAAGCAUAUCCAGAAAACAAGCUGGAAAUUACAGUUACAUCAGUAAUAGUAAUAAUCAUCAUUAGCUGUAGCAGCAUUCCUCAAUCAAAGUAGACAGAAGCUUUUAAAAUCUGACUAACCAUUCCAUGUUCAAGCAGCAUUUAACUCAUAGUAGAGAUAAAAGUGAUGCUUUUAGGAACAAUUUGACUCUUCAAAGUUUAAAGAAUGUAAAUGGCUGCAAUCCAAACUAAAGCUUUAAUUCACUUAUAAGUUUGAGUCCUAAUCUAUUGUAAAAUUAGAGUGCAAUUACACAGGCUGAAUACCCCAAAUCAACUAGAAAUAAUUACUUUUAAUAGCUGAACAUUGGUGGCGGAAACAAUAACAAUGUUGUAUCUCAAUUAAACUAUGGUUAGCGAACAAUGCAUCAAAGUUUAGUUAUCUAGGAUAAUAACUGUGGACAAAGAAAAAUCUCGCCUAUUUCAAGAAGUCUUAAUCAAAAUGAGAUUUCAAAUAACUCUAGUUUUAUUAUUCCUACCAACGGAAAUCAUAAUUGGAAUCCUCUAGUCUCAUCAAUAAAUAACUAAAACUAAAUUAUCACAGUCGAGGACUCUAAACAAACUAGUUCUAAUUAACAUAACCGUAAUAAAUUGUAAGAAAGCUCGCUUAAUAGAGUUUUGAAUGUUUCUGGAGAUGUCUUGAAUAUAGGAGGAGGUAGUAAUAAUGGAAAUGACUCCUUCCUAGUUGCUAGAAGUUUAUCACCUAAAGAGAAAACUGGAAAGUUUGGAAGAGCUUAGAAUUUGAAUGUUUCAGUUAUAAAAUGA